AUGACCAUUCCUUUGUGCAUGACAAACCAGCGGGAUGUGUUAAUAUGGCCGGGCUGUACAAAUGGGGAGUAUUCAGUGAAAUCUGGCUGGGUUAGAACAGAGUAUCCGAAUAUUAAUGAAGUACAGGAACUAAUUAAUCUGAUUGGAGCACAAAAGCAGAGGUUGGAACUAUUUGCGGUAGUGGCUUGGUUUGUUUGGAAUCGCCGGAACAAAAUACGGCUCCAAGAAUCCAGCUUGGACAAGAGCAGAAUUUUCAGUACAGCAGCUCAGUAUCUCUUGGCGUUCCAGUUGAAAUUUCCGGAAAAAAUGGCUAAGUCCCCUGCGAUUGCAACGAAGUGGAGUCCACCAUUGGGCGAGGGGUAUAAAACCAACUAUGAUGGAGCAGUUUUUGAAGAGGCAGGAGAGGCAAGGAUAGGUGUGGUGGUGCGAAACGGAAAUGGCGAAGUACUUGCUGCACUUUCAGAAAAAAUACCUUACCCCGGUACAGUGGAGUUGGUGGAAAUCCUAGCUGCAAGAAGGGCUGUCCAGUUCAUUGUAGAAUUGGGCAUGGCACAGUCAAUAUUUGAAGGAGACUCAAAGAUUGUUUACAAGGCAUUGAAGUCAGGUGAUGUGGGUCACUCCUCAAUUGGUCAGUAUGUGAAAGACAUAAUGUCUAUUCCCGGUUCGAUUCGAACUUUCUCUUUCUCUCAUAUUAGGAGGCAGGGUAAUUGUGUGGCUCAUGCCUUAGCAAAGAGAGCAAGAUUUACAUUUCCAUUGUUAGUCUGGAUGGAGCAUGUUUCACCGGAUGUGAUUCCGUUUGUACUUUCAGAUUUAUAG